AUGCUAGGGAUGGGAGUUCACAGUGAUGGUCUUCUAAUGCAGAGGAUGGUAUUGAGAUAUGAGAGGCGGAUUGAUAAGAUCUCGUCGUUUGACAAGAAAUGCAAUCGCGCCCUGCCGUUUGGAGAAGAGCGUCAGAUCGAUGUCGGUGGAGAUUGUCCUAGAGUCGUAAGUGUAGAGCUUAAGUCUCCAUCUGAGUCGUUGAAAUCCUUUCGGCCUGAAAUCUAUGACGGCACAUGUGUUGGAUCUAUAGCUAUUAUCUUCAAAGAAACCGUAUUUGGUACCAAUCUGCCGACUGAAAGGCUUGGUUUGCUCAAAUAG